UCCUCUUUCUACUUAGCAUUUGUCUCUGAGGCCCAGCAGUGCAUGGUAUUCAUGCAGUUCAUAUUAACUGUGUAAAGUGGAAGGAAGAGCUUGAACACUUUUGUUCGAGUUAUUAUCUUAAACUGCAGGCAAAGACGUUUCCACUGACUUUUUCUGUCACACCAGCUACCUCCUUCACAAACAACGCCCUGAGAGAAACAAACUAUGAAUCUUAGAACAGCUGCAAGAGGCUUUGUAGCUUUCCUUCUGUCAGUACCAGCAUUACAGGGUUAUAAUAACUGGGCAGUUAAUUACCCAGUUAGAAAUGUCUGCGGUUUGAGAGGAUCAACAGUUGAAAUCAGCUGCACCUAUAAAUACCCUAAACACCUAAAAGUGGAGAAAAGAUGGUGGUUUACUAAUAUACACAAUGAGCUAGUAGAUCUGAGAGAUGAUACAGACUAUACAGGUCGUAUUGAUUACCACUGUGGAGAGCCCAGGUGUGGGUCCUACAGCUGUACUGGAACUUGUACACUGAUAAUCAAAGGCCUGACACAGAGUGACUCUGCUGAAUACAAGUUUAGGGUUACAACAAACAAAGGAGGGGCAUAUAGUGGUGACCCUGGAGUGAAGUUAUCUGUGACAGAUAUCCAGAUGGAAGUGGUCAUUCGUCCUAGCAGUCUUUACAGGGUACAGCUGGAAUGUCACAGCAUGUGUGAUUCAACCGGUCUUACGUACACCUGGUACAGGAAUGGAAUUCCUCAACAAUAUCAAAGAAGGUUUCUCUGGUUCUACAUUAACUCAGACUACAGUGCUUCAUGUGCUGUUCAAGGAUCCAAACAUCUCACCUCUCCAUCAGUCUACGCUCCAAAGAACCCCUCAGUGAGUGUCAGGAGUCCCUCCGGUGUAAUAAAGGAGGGCAGUUCAGUGACUCUGAGCUGCAGCAGUGAUGCCAACGCAGCAGCUGACUACACCUGGUUCAAGGACAACCAACCUCUGCUCUGGGAACCAAGUCAACCCAGUAGCAGCGAGGCCAACCCAGUAGCAAAGUACACCUGGUCCAAGGUUCCUACAGAUCAUCCCCUCGGACACAGUGUCCAAGGACAACAGCUUUCCUUUCAUCCCAUCCAGUCUUCAGACUCUGGACAGUAUCUCUGCACAGCUGAGAAUGACCUUGGGACAGAAACUUCCUACCCAUUCUCUAUUGAUGUGAAAUAUGGGCCUAAACACACAUUUGUGAUACCAAGUCCCCCUGGUGAAAUAAUGGAGGGCGGUUCAGUGACUCUGAGCUGCAGCAGUGAUGCCAACCCAGCAGCUGACUACACCUGGUUCAAGGACAACCAAUCUCUGCCCUGGGAACCAAGGAGACCUUAUACCUUGGACUCAGUCAGCUCUAAAGACAGGGGAACGUACCGCUGCCACGCAGAGAACCAAUAUGGGUAUCUGGGCUCCAACUCGGUUUUCAUAGAUGUCCUGUACGCUCCAAAGACCCCCUCAGUGAGCGUGAGACCCCCUGGUGAAAUAAAGGAGGGAGGUUCAGUGACUCUGAGCUGCAGCAGUGAUGCCAACCCAGCAGCUGACUACACCUGGUUCAGGGAACAUGGAGGCUCAGUGGAGGAAUUAGGAAAGAACUACACCAUCAGUAACAUCACAACUGAGCUUGGAGGAAAUUAUUACUGUGAAGCUCGUAAUGCAGUUGGACUUCAGAAUUCAACUUUGAUGUUCCUUAAUGUGACAGCCACACCAUCAUCAAUGCCUACAACUGUGGCAGCAGGAACUGUAGCUGUUUUACUGGCCACCAUGCUCCUCGUCAUCUUCCUCUGGAUGAGAAAGAGGGCUUCUAGGAAAGCGCGUGGCCAGGGAGGAAGGCCAGAUACCAGGGAGGAGUCUCCUCCGUGUCCUGUGUAUGACAACGUCUCAGCUCUGACCAAUCGCUCGGCUUCUGCAGCACAGAGAGAACCAAUAGAAGAGCAGGAUGACCCUCACUAUGCCAGCAUCCACAUCUCUCGCUCUAAGAACCAGGAAGUGCCUUGUGGGUUUGCUGGUGUUCUGGUAGAGUCUGAUCAUACAGAGCAGGUCCUUUACUCUGCCAUCAACCUUAAAAGACCCAAGGCUGUCCCUGAAUAAGCACUCUGGAUAGUUCUCGAAAAUAAACUUUGAGGCUUGAGACUUCAUCCUCCAAAGGGACAGCUUGUGGAGGCAAAGGCAAAGCCAUUUAUAAACAUGUACAAUUUACUGAGUUUCUUAACUUCUCUUUUUCACUUCUUCUUUUCACUGAAAGUAAACUGAUGUAAGAUCGGUAUACCACCCUCAAAUAAACAUCCCAGAAAAUGCAUUAUUUUGAUAUAGAAUCAGCAUAACAUUUCUACCAACAAAUUUGUAUUUUAUUGUC